AGCAUGGACAUCACUACUUCUUCUUCAUCAGGAAAAGAAAAAAGAGAUCAUUCAUUUAUAAUCCUCGAUCCCCUCCCUCCCACCAAGUUGGAUCAUUACAAGAAGCUACCAACAACAACAACAACAACUAAUCUUACCUGUCAGUUGCUGCAACUAACUUAUAACCAUCAAUGAACACCUUUCUUCUUCACUAUAAAACCACAAACAUAAUACAUUUCCACUAAAAAUAAUGGAGAAGAAACCCAUUACCUUAUUCUUCCUUUCCCUCAUCUUCUCCACCACCAUCAUUUCUGCCAGGCUGACCUUGCCAGAUCACCAAUCAGCUGCUGCAGGGGAUCAUCUUGACAAGAACAGUAAAUCCAACGAAUUAGUUCAUGUAGACAACAACAACAACAAGAAGAAGCAAAACAAUGGCGGCAGUGGUGGUUAUCAAUGGGGCUGGGGUUGGGGUGGUGGAGGUGGUGGUGGCGGCGGUGGAGGUGGAGGUGGAGGAGGAGGAGGUGGUGGUGGUGGCGGAGGAGGUGGUGGUGGAGGGGGAGGUGGAGGGUAUUGGAGAUGGGGAUCAGGAUGUGGAUCAAGAUCACAUGGAGAGAACAAUAAGAAUAGGAAUAAGAAUAAGAAGAAGGGGAUAGUUUAUGGAAAGGACUACAUAAUUGGGGAAUAUGCAGAAUGUAUGGGAGCAGGGAGAUGCCAUAGGAUGAGAUUGGAUUGUCCUCUUCAUUGUGGAGGGCCUUGUUUCUAUGACUGCACUUACAUGUGCAAAGCUCACUGCAGAUGACAUCCUUAAAAAUUAAUUAAACUAGGAUUGAUGAUCAUCACCGACCAUAUCUUCUUUGUUUUCAGCUAAUAAUAAUUCCUGGGUUUUGUUUGUUUACUUGUUUUAGUCUGAUUGUACCCUUUAUCUGCUUAUGGCCUGCAUUGACUAUAUUUGUAAUUUUGUUUGAUCAAGGUUUUUGUGCUUAUCAUUA